AUGGAAUCAAGAAACCAGACAGGAGUUUCAGAAUUCCUCCUCCUGGGUCUCUCAGAGGAUCCAGAACUGCAGCCCCUUCUUUUUGGGAUGUUCCUGACCAUGUACCUGGUCACAUACAUGUUCGGAAACCUGCUCAUCAUCCUAGUGGUUAUCUCUGCCUCCCACUUCCACACGCCCAUGUAUUUCUUCCUCUCCCACCUGUCCUUUGUUGACAUCUGUUUCACCUCCACUAUAGUCCCCAAGAUGCUGGUGAACAUACAGACAGAGAACAAUGCCAUCACCUACACAGGCUGCCUCACUCAGGUAUAUUUUUUUAUGGUUUUUAUAUGUAUGGACAAUAUACUCCUGACCAUGAUGGCUUAUGACCGCUAUGUGGCCAUCUGCCACCCUCUGUAUUACACAGUCAUCAUGAACCCCUGCCUCUGUGGCCUUCUGAUUCUUUUCUCCUUGUUAAUUAGCAUUAUGAAUGCCUUGUUCCACACUGUGAUGGUGUUGCAUCUGUCCUUCUGCACAGACUUGAAAAUUCCCCACUUCUUCUGCGAACUCGCUGAGAUCCUCAAACUCAUCUGUUCUGAUACUCUUAUCAAUAACAUCCUGGUGUAUUUAGUGACUAGUCUGUUAGGUGUUGGUCCCCUCUCAGGGAUAAUUUUCUCUUACACUCGAAUUGUCUCCUCCAUCCUAAGAAUCCCAUCAACUGGUGGAAAGUAUAAAGCUUUUUCCACCUGUGGGUCUCACCUGUCUGUUGUUUUCCUGUUCUAUGGGACUUGUGUUGGUGUCUACCUUAGUUCUGCAGCUAAUUUCUCCUCCAGGAGGAGGGCAGUGGCCUCAGUGAUGUACACUGUGGUCACUCCCAUGAUGAACCCCUUCAUCUACAGCCUCAGGAACAGGGACAUGACGGGGGCCUUGAGGAAACUCAUCUCUGGAACAUUUUCCUUUUCUUGA